GACCCCGGAUAUAAGUGUUGACAAAAACACUUUUGAUAAUUGAGUCAUUCAACUCUGCAACUAUCUUUAUACUUAGUCGUCCAUAGGCUCACCAACCUAUUAUUUAUCUCCGUCGACUUCCAGCUACAUUCGGGGAAGCUUCCUUUCACAUACACCAACAAGAAAAUGUCUUCCAACUCUUACAUUCAUUCCCCCCUGAUUUUCCUCAAAACCCAUCAUCGAUUCCUCAAACAACUCUCAGCUCUGAUGGUUUUCUCAACCUGAUCUAACAAUGAGUUUUUCCAGGUUCAUUAUUUUUGGGAUUUCCUUCUUUCUCAUCUCCUGUUUUCCUGUGAUUGUUGCGCAGCAGCCUUAUAUUGGGAGGGCCACAACAGUAUGCGACAGCAGAGAUAAUUCAACUUCUGUUCUGGGCUACACCUGCAAUGGCUUAAGACGGAGUUGCCAAGCUUAUCUAACUUUCCGGGCUCAACCGCCCUACGACUCUGUCGCCACCAUAUCCACUCUCUUGGCUGCAAAUUCAUCACAAUUGGCCCAACUCAAUUCAGUUCCUGAAAAUGCUCUGUUCGAUACCAACCGGAUGGUUCUUGUUCCUGUAACCUGCUCUUGCUCAGGUGAGCACUAUCAGGUUAUAUGAUCGCGAACAACACUUUCCAGGGUUUGUCAACCUGUCAAACUCUCCAGGCCGAGAACGAUACUCUAACGAGGAAUUUGUAUGCGGGGACAAGAAUCACUGUUCCGCUUAGAUGUGCUUGUCCAACUAAGAACCAAAGUGAUGAUGGUGUGAACUAUUUGUUGAGUUAUUUGAUCACCUGGAACCAGUUUGUGUCAGGGAUAAGCGCUCUAUUUGGGGUUGAUACUGGGAGAACCCUCGCUGCUAAUGGGUUAUCUGAAUCAUCUAUCGUUUAUCCUUUCACUACUCUUCUGGUUCCCCUUCAGGAUCCGCCGACAAGUUCUCAAGUUACAGCGCCUCAGCCUCCGCCGCCGCCCUUCUCCACGCAGCCGCCUUCUGUCCCUCCUCCAAGUGGUGGCUCAAGCAAAACGUGGAUAUAUGUUGUGGUUGGUGUUGUUGGGGGCCUUGUUCUUGCAUCAGUUGUUGGGGGCAUACUUUUCUGUGUAUUCUUUCGUAAGCAGAAGCAGAAAGCUGAGACUGUUGUGGUUUCAUCACAGAGCUUUGAAUCUAUCGAGAAGCCACUCAAGAAAGAGGCAGAUGAAGAUUCACAUUCACAGGACUUUCUGGAAAGUAUUUCCAGCAUAGCACAGUCUCUUAAAGUUUACACUUUCGAAGAACUUAAAGCCGCAACACAAGAUUUCAGCCCCAGUUGCUGGAUCAAGGGAUCUGUUUAUCGAGGAACCAUCAAUGGGGAUUUUGCCGCCAUCAAGAAAAUGAAUGGAGAUGUUUCAAAAGAAAUCAACCUGUUGAACAAGAUUAACCAUUUCAAUCUCAUCCGACUAUCCGGUGUUUCUUUCAAUGAGGGCAACUGGUAUCUUGUUUACGAGUACGCUUCCAACGGACCACUCAGUGAAUGGAUUCAUGAAAAGAGAGAUCAAACGAUUAUGGAUUGGAACCAGAGACUACAAAUUGCUUUGGAUGUAGCAUCAGGGCUAAAUUAUCUCCAUCGGUACACUUCCUCGCCCCACGUCCACAAGGAUUUGAACAGCAGUAACGUCCUUCUUGAUCAAGAUUUCAGAGCCAAAAUUGCAAACUUUGGCCUGGCAAGAUCAGUAGAAGGGCAGGAAGGUCAGUUUGCCUUGACAAGGCACAUUGUUGGUACUAAAGGUUACAUGGCUCCUGAGUAUUUGGAGAAUGGAAUAGUCUCUCCGAUGCUUGAUGUCUAUGCAUUUGGAGUUCUCAUGCUUGAAAUUCUCACAGGAAAAGAAGUCUCCCUUUUGUAUGAAGAGGUAAAUACAGAAUUAUCAGAGGUCUUAACUCCAGUGCUUUACCAAGAUAACGGACAGGAAAAUCUAAGAAACCUAAUGGAUCCUUCUUUGCAAGGAAAAUAUUCUCCAGAAUUUGCCCUUGUACUGUUCAGAUUGAUUGAUAGUUGCCUCAAGAAAGAUCCAUCAGAUCGACCAAACAUGGAUGACAUCUUUCAGUCUUUGUCAAGAAUUGCAACUUCCACGUUGUCUGGUGAAUGGGCAAUUAGCAUCUCAGAGCAACGGACUACGCCUAGAUAAGAUUAUGCAUAGCAUUUUCAGCUUCUAUUCUUCUCCUCUGCUGUAUGAACUCAAGUAUUAAUCUGAUAUUUCUUCUUUGUUUUUCUGUCUCCAUUAGCCUGUUUGCUUCAAUGUAAAACCUUUUGUGGGUAGAAACAAUUCACUUGGAGGUUGAUUUACAAGAAAAAAAUUUAUGUUUCUUUUCAA